CCAAACCUAUAGUUUGUUAACAAGAAAUGUGUGGAGUGGUUGAAAAAUGAGUUUUAAUGACUCCAACUUAAGUGUAUGUAAACUUCAGACCCCAACGGUACGUUUCAGGAAAAUUUGAUUUUUAGCAUUUAUAGCAAUGUUUUUCAACUUUACUGCAGGGUUGGAAUGUAUUUCGCAGAAAACUGAGGUUGUGGUGGCAGCUGCAGAGAAGUAUUUGGGUAUGCGAGACUUGACAUCAGAAGAGUUACAGGGUGUGUUAAUUGGUGAUGUCCCAUCUAUUUCAGGUUGGCAUGAGGUAGGACUAAAUAUAUUUAAAUAGUGGAGUAGGAUGGUGUUAUUUUUAUUUGAUUGAUUUUUUAACAUUUGUUUUGUGAUUUUAGUGUUAGAUGGUAGGGUAUUUAUAUUUUUUUAUUUAUAUUUUUUUAACCAAAGUAUAAGGGAGUUGUACUCCAGUCUAGUAGGUGGCGGUAAUGCAACACGUUGGAAUUCCAACUUCCGUUAACCUCAUCAAAGAAGAAGAAGACCCGGAAGUACUUUUCUAUUGUUGUUGACGAGAUGCUGAUGUCAUCUUGUUGAAUGAAAUAGUUAGCCAGUGAACUACAAUGUGACAGCAUCUACUGCGUAAUCAUAACGUUAUAUUUGUCUAAAUGUAGGCUUAAAAAUCUCAGGGAAAAUGUCACGUUUAAAGGAUCAACUGGCCACCGUCAUGAGGCUUUUAGUAAAUGCAGCUGUGGUGGAAAUAAGUAAAUUGUUGGACGAGUGCACGAGUCAAAACGUUUACACCGAGUCACAGAGACAGUGCACUGGCCCUGGGACUGAGCUGUCUGCCACCAUGAAGAGAUUGUGCAAAGAGGCCAUGCAAAAAAUCAUUAGUCUCAUAGAUGAGGAUACAGCUUCUCUGCGUCUGCAAGUGUCUGUGUGUCAGAGAGAUAAUCAGGUUCUGAAGGAGAAUCUCCAGGUGAUGGAUGGGGAUCUGAGGUCGACUGGAGGGCUUGGAGAGGUGGAUGCAGAGGACAGGAAGACCCAAGGAAAAGACCUGACUAAAUUUGUGCACUUGUCUGAAGUCAACAGUGGCACGUCUGCAGAGACGGAGGAGGAAUGUGCUGAAUGGAUCACGUUGAAGGAGGGUACCCUGCAACAGGACACCCAGACAGGACACACACAUGAGCACACAGAUGGAGAAUCCAGGACAGAGGAUGGGGAGGAUGCUACUAUUGAACACAACUUAGAGGAGGAGAUUACUACACCACUCUCACCAGCAAAGGCCCAAGAUGACCAAGACUUAGAGCCUGCUGUGCCCACAGACAUAUCCAAUGAUGCUAAGAUGGCGGCUCCCACAGUACGUCAAAUGAGACUGCGUGCAGUGAGACGCACCCAGGGCCAGAAAUCUGUCAAAGGAGACAAAUGUUUAAGCUGUGUACAGUGUGGGAAGGCUUUUAGUAAACUAAGUAACCUGAAAGCCCACCAGGUUGUCCACACAGGUGAGAGGCCAUUUAAGUGUACGCAUUGUGGGAAGGGCUUUACAGCAAAGUGCAGUCUCAAAGUACACCACGUUAUAGUCCACAAAAGGGAGAAGCGAUUCAAGUGCACAUACUGCGGGAAGAUAUUUGGCACCCAGAGCCAGCUUAAAGAACACCAGGUGGUUUUCAAAGGCGAGAAAGAGAAGGUAUUAAGAUGUACUUUGUGUGCUAAGGCUUUCCCUGCCAAAUGUAGCCUCAAAGCUCACAGAAUAGCUGUACACAGAGGAGAGAAGAGAUUCAAGUGCUCUCAGUGUGGGAAGGUUUUUGCCAGGCAGAGAGAUAUGAUAGUACACCAGGGUGUACACACAGGAGAAAGACCAUUUAAGUGUACAGCGUGUGGGAAGUCUUUUACAGCUAGACGAAGUUUAAAUGUACACGUGCUGACUGUACACAAAGGAGAGCGACCUUUCAGCUGUGACAUAUGUGGCAAUAGAUUCAGCCAGAGAAGUGGCCUCAAGGCUCACCGAAGGACCCACACCGGAGAGAAGCCCUACAUGUGUGACCAAUGCGGAAAAGGCUUCAGCCUGAAAAGUGCCCUUAAUACCCACCACGUAGUUCACACUGGUGAGAAAGCAUUUAGCUGUGAGAUCUGUGGCAAAUGUUUUAGUUUAGCGCCUAACCUCCGCAGACACCAGCAGACUCACUCUGGUGUUAAAGCGUUCACCUGUGACAUAUGCCAGAAGAGUUUCACUCAAGCUAGUCAUCUCAAAGUCCACCAGCGCAUUCACACAGGUGAGAAAACGUUUGUAUGUGACGUAUGUGGAAAGAGCUUCAACCAAAAGAGUUCGCUGAUGAUCCACCAGAAGAUACACAGUGGGGACAAACCCUAUGACUGCUUAGAGUGUGGAAAAUGCUACCGGUCUGCAAACUAUCUGAAAAGGCACCAGGUGACACACACAGAGAAAAAAACUCACUCUUGUGAAGAAUGCGGAAAGAAUUUCCACACCGCUACCAAUCUCAAAACUCAUCGUCGGGUCCACACAGGCAAGAAGACAUUUACCUGUGAUAUAUGUGGACAAGGGUACAGUUCCCUAAGUUACUAUAACGCUCACCGGCUCAUUCACACUGAGGGGAAACCAUUCAGCUGCACCAUGUGUGAGAAGCAGUUCGCCAAACAGCGUUUCCUCAAUCUUCACCUACGCACUCACACUGGAGAAAGGCCACAUACCUGUGACCUGUGUGGGAAGUGCUUCAGUUUUGCACAGAACCUUGUUCGCCACAAACGCGUGCACACUGGGGAGAAACCGUUUCUCUGCAUUUUGUGUGGGAAGACUUUCAGCCAAGCGAACAAUCUCAAGGCUCACCGGCAAGUGCACACUGGGGAAAAACCAUACAACUGCUCCAAAUGCAGGAAGAGCUUCUCCUGUAUGAGAAAUCUGAAGGAACACAAGUGUAUUGAAGUUCAAGAACAAAUAGUGGAAGUGACUGUUGGGAGACUCUCACAAGUACUGUAAUAAUGUAUGAAUAAUGGCACAAUACCAACACACCUGACUAACUGGAGCUGCUUAGCAAAAAAUGCUAUGAAUGUUGCAAAUCCAUGUAGCAAUUAUAAUUCUAGAAUAUCUAGCUAUUACACAAGCUGCAUAAAUGACAAUGCAAGCCUUCUACUGUACGUCCAUGGUCCUUCCAUGGAUUCCCCCUGAUGUCAUAUUAGGAUGGGUUGAAAUUUGCAUCACUGUUGCUAUCAUCAUGUCUCUCAGGUAACCUGGGCCUAGUCUAAUGAUAAGUACUACUAUGUUAUUAUAUGUAUGUAAUAUGUAUUUAGCAUUUCCAUAUUUCAACCCACAUGCACCAGUAAUAUUGCAGCAUGAGUAUUUUACAGUAUGUUGCAAUACAUUUGCUCAUUUUACAACUCAGGUAACAAGAGGUGUUUGACUUGUGUUUUGUCCCUGUAAAUCUGAAUUAAAUAAAUCUAUUUAGAAUCAAAUUAUA